CUGGAUAAUCUCGAGUGAUUGUAAGUGUGAUGAUCAUCUGCUAAAUGAGCAACAACGACCACAAUUCACUCCUUCAGUCAGUGAAGCUCCCACAGCCGUUCAUGAGAGUUUAAAUGCUGGGGAAUAUUCCCAUCUUCCCACAGGAGAAGAAGAAGCAAGCAGGAGGAAUUACUCCAGGAGAAACUACGGACAUACUAUUGUAAAGAUGGAGAUUAAGGAAGAACCCUGCAGAAUAAAAGAUGAAGAUACAGAGGAACAAAUAGACCCGAUGGAAGUGAAUGAAGACAAACAGCAACAGUUUCAAAAACCUCAUAAUUUCACAAAUGAAGAUGGAAAUGCAGUUGUUUCACAGACUGAAGAAAAUUUCACACAGAAACGAGCUGGAAAAUCUGGAGUCAAAGGAUUUUUAUCCUGUUCUGAGUGUGGAAUGUUUUACGUGCACAAAUCAGACCUUAAUAAACACAUGAAAUCUCACACUGGAGAAAAUCUGUUCACAUGCACUCAGUGUGGAAAGAGUUUCACACGUAAAUCAACCCUUAACAGACACACGAGAGAACACACUGGAGAAAGGCCUUAUACAUGCUCUCAGUGUGGAAAGAGUUUCGUUCAUAAAGGACACCUUAAGAUACACAUGAGAGUUCACACUGGAGAAAAACCAUACCGAGGAAAAACUCAGAGACAACGGUAA